UCAUCAUCAGCUGCUAUAAUCAGCCUACGCGUGUGGUGAUUCCCAGUGUACGAAGGUUUAUUUCUAAACGUCUCUCAUCCCCGUAUCUCUGAACAUAUUUACAUCUCAUCCAGGGGUUAGAAGAAUAGCACUAGUCCAAUCGGAACCAUGUCUGUAGCGGGACUGAAGAAACAAUUCCACAAAGCCACUCAGAGAGUCAGUGAGAAGGUUGGAGGGGCAGAGGGAACUAAAUUAGAUGAAGACUUUACGGAAAUGGAAAAGAAAGUUGACACGACCACAAGGGCAGUAUUAGACAUUAUGACGAAGACAACAGAGUACCUUCAGCCAAAUCCAGCAACUCGUGCCAAGAUGAGCAUGAUGAGCUCCAUGUCUAAAAUUCGUGGAGGAGAUAAAGGUCCCGGCUACACACAGACUGAAACAACCCUGGGAGAGGCCAUGCAAAAGGCUGGCAGGGAACUUGGGGAGGAAUCCAGCUUUGGGGUGGCUCUGAUUGAUGUUGGAGAAGCCAUGCGAGAGCUUGGUGAAGUAAAAGAUGCUCUAGACAUGGAGGUCAAGCAAAACUUUAUUGAUCCCUUGCAGAAUAUUCAUGAUAAAGACUUAAAAGAAAUCCAGCAUCACCUGAAGAAGCUGGAGGGGCGACGGUUGGACUUUGACUAUAAGAAGAAAAGGCAAGGAAAAGUCACAGACGAUGAGAUCAAACAGGCCCUGGAGAAGUUUGACGACUCCAAGGAUAUUGCUGAACAAAGCAUGUUUAAUCUUUUGGAGAACGAUAUUGAACAAGUGAGUCAGCUUUCUGCUCUGGUCCAAGCUCAAGUCAACUACCACAGACAGGCGGCAGAGAUCCUUCAGCAGCUGUCCAGCAAGAUCGAGGACAGAAUAAGAGAGGCAUCUUGUAAGCCAAAAAGAGAUUAUGUGCCCAAACCUCGCACCUCUUUGGAUUUCAGUGAGAAUCACAAUGGGAGUAUUGGCCACAGUGGUCCUUCUCGGUCACCAGCUCCAAUGGACCAGCCUUGCUGUCGGGCACUUUACGAUUUUGACCCAGAAAAUGAGGGUGAGCUUGGCUUCAAGGAAGGUGACAUCAUCACCUUAACCAGCAAGAUUGACGACAAUUGGUAUGAAGGAAUGGUGAACGGGCAAUCUGGGUUCUUCCCUGUCAACUACGUGGAUAUCCUGGUCGCUUUGCCUCAUUAAGUCUCCUGCAUGCACCUUACCGUGACCUGACCAAUCAAACCAGUUCUUGACGAGAGCAAAAGUCACCAAAACAAACAGCACAAAAUGCUCUGUUAUGGUUAUUUGCGCAUAGGAAAUAAGCAGUUAUGAGUGCCCUUUCACAAAAUAAUAUUCCUGACUGGGAAUGACACUAUUUUGUUGUAUUAUUAAUUUAUUUAAUGUAUUUUAUCUUCUCUUUUUUUUUGAGGUUGAUCAAACCUCUGCAUUGCCUGCUGCUAUGCCUCCUGUAUGUUCAGACGUUGUGUGUGUUUUAUUCUUUUUUGCCUGUUUCUCUUUGCAACAACAAACCAUGAUUGGUCUCUUUAUCACACCCUUUUAAAAAAGAAAAUGUGUGAAAUAAAAUAUCUCUAAUUUAUUUUGGUAUUAUCUAGCGUAAUGUAUAAGUGAAGGAUGAUGGCAGACAAACAUCAGAGGUGUUUCCUUUUUUCAUUACUUUGAAAUUGCAAUAACUACACAACCAAUAUCCGUUCACACCUUAAAUGGUCAUAGAGUGAAAUGUUCCACUGUUCCUUUAAUGUCCUGCAACUGGUUUUAGCCUUUAAGUGGUGUUAGAUUUGACUAUUUAAAUAGAUGAAUAUUUAGCAACAAAGAGAAGAAAAAAAACUGAGAUGAGGAAAGUUCUGUGACUCAUUUAUUUGUUGUGUUACAGUGUAUUUUCAGUCACGUAAGAUUCUGUAUGGCCCAUAAAUAGCAUGGGCCUUUUUCAGCUUUCCAUAUCACAUUCCAUAGAUGUUAAGCUGGUCACCUAAACACAACCCAAGAACCGUUUUAUGAAACAAUGUGUGCGUGUGUACAUAUAUGUGACUAUAAUAAUGCCUGAGUGUGGUGAUUUCUGAACCCAUGAAACUGUGCUUCUAUUUAUUUCAUGUUUUUCUUUCUUGCUUUAGUAAUGAAGUGUUUAAAUUGAUCAAAUAAAUACAUAUGUUAAAGAAAUGACAACCAUUUUCCACACUCCCCCAUAUGCCAUUGAGCCAAUAGUGUUUACAGUCAGAUCAACAAAUAACAGAAAGUAUUUUAGCACUGCAAGAGUUACACACAUCACCCCUUGUUAAAUUUGAAUGAGUUUCCGAUUGUAAAUGAUAUAUAAAUAUAAUGAUGUUAUAUGGUCUGAAAAUUCACAGACAGAACUAAAUACGUUCUAAAAAAUGUUUAAUGUAUUAUUGAGUUCUCCUUUAUAUAUAUAUAUAUAAGCAUAGAUUGUAUUGACAGGACAUUCCAAUCUUUUCUGAAUUGUGUCGUUCUCCUCAAUGAGGUCUGUACAGUCAUUCUUGCGUUUUAUUUCCUGUUUGUGUAUAGUCAUAUAACUAUAGUACCAUGUGUUAUUUUUGGAUCAGUGUUAAAGAGUUACCAUUAGAUAGAAAUCAGGCACUGGAGUGAAACGUGCUGGGGGAGUGUUUAUUCGUGAAGCUCUACAUAUCAACUCCUCUUUAGCAUGACUUUUUCAGUGGCUCAUCUGAAUGAAUAAGCUUGUACUGAGAACGAAAAAAAAAUUGUGCAACUACAAUAAAUACAACCGUUGA